AUGGUUCCGUCGGAUGGUGCAAUGCUCCUGUACCUACAAAUCGCAAAGGAGUUGGAAAUGUAUGUCGCUUAUUCUAGGCAUUUUUGGUACAUUGAACCUCAGAUGGAGGCGAAUCGUGAUGCUGCAGUUUUGUGUGUGGAACGGGCUGUCUCAUAUUUCAAACAGGGUAAUACCACUGAGGCGGUGCGUUUUGCCAGAAAAGCAAAAACCCUGUUCCCUGAGGUCGAUAUUCCCGACUAUAUAUUGCUUAAUAAUAAGGACACGGAAGUAAGGAGGCGCAGAUCUGUCAGCCAUUCGAGGAAUGAACCUGCAAACGAGGAUUCUCGUCGUUCCCGUGAAAGAUCAGAAGAGAAGAGCUUUACAAAAGCCCAGGUUGAAUCCGUUCGUCGAAUAAUGGCUUGUCGCGAUCUCUACUCCGUGUUGGGGGUUUCCAAAGAUGCUACUGAGGAUGAUAUUAAACGGGCCUACAAAAGUUUGGCUCGACGGUACCAUCCGGAUAAAAAUAAGGCUCCCGGUGCAACUGAAGCUUUUAAAAAGAUCGGUAGUGCCUUCAAUGUUUUGGUAGACGCCGAAAAACGUCGUCGUUAUGACCAAUUCGGUACAGUUGAUGAGGAACGUCCAUCUGUUACACGUCGACACGAGGGUGUUUACACUUUUGAUGGCAAUACCGGGUUCGAUGCUGAGUUUAUUAAUAUGUUCUUCAAUGGUGGCUUUCCAUUCGCUCAGAACGUAAGAUAUACAAGACACGCGCAACAUCACGAUUCCAAUCAUGAGAAUAAUUAUUUCGCCUACAUCCAGAUUUUACCACUUCUUAUCCUGUUCGGGCUCUCAUUCUUCAGUAAUUUUCUUGUCAAAGAUCCCGUCUUUAGCCUUCAGCGGACUUCAAAGUACACUAUACAACGCCACACGCAAGCUCACAACUUGCCCUAUUACGUGAAGGAUACAUUUUCACAGGAAUACGGUGGAUCUAUACGUCACAUAGAGAAUCAAGUGCUUGAACAACAUCUGUACGUUCUCCGCGAUAAGUGCUUUAAGGAACGCUCACAGAAAGAGGCUCUCUUGUACCGGGCUCGCUAUACUCGUGAUGAAGCAGCCUUCGAACGAGCAAAAGGCUUCGCCACGCCAAGCUGUGAUCGAAUGCUCGAUCUCAAGAUGCAAAUAGGGACCCUAAUUGCAAGGAAGUCGGUGCUGCAUUCAUUGGCACAUCUAGUGCCGAGAAAGGCUUCUACUUUGGUAUCUAGCGAACGCCUAUGGCGUUCCUUCCUCUACGUGCCUGGAGAUCAGGAGAGAAAGAUUAAGAAGAUGGAGAAUAUAUGUAACACUACUCACGUCUCCUCCUCUAUUCCUGACCUUAUUGUUCUCGAUUGCGAAGAUGCGGUCUCUGCUGAAAACAAGGCAUUGGCACGCAAAACUAUAGCUUCGUCGCUACAGACGCGAAGUUUUGAACAGUAUCGGACUCAGUUACUUCGAGGCCUUUCGCUACGUAUUAAUGCACCCUCAACUGGUCUUGCUGCAGAUGAUCUGUACAUUGUUCUGUCAACUGCUGCUGAGACUAUGAAGGCUGAUGGUGGCGGUUGGCCGGGUCCUGACUACAUCUCCGUACCGAAAACCGAGUCUGUCGCUGAUCUGCAUUGGGUGGAGUCCCAAGUAAUGCGGAUAUUUCAGAAACACGACAUUGCGCCUGUCCCCAAUCUAGCUCUUAUUGGGAUGAUUGAAUCAGCUAGCAGUCUGUUGAGCAUGCGAGAGAUUUGCAAGGAUGCUCGAAAUACCCUUAAACUCCCUCUAGUCGCCAUGGUUUUCGGAUCUGACGACUACUGUGCCAGUCUAGGUGUUCCCCACUCACAAGGUCGCCAGGAGGCGCUAUUUGCGAGGCAGUACUUGGUGACAAUGUGUAAAGCCUAUGGUCUAGCCUCUCUCGAUAUGGUGGAGACGGACUUGAAUAACAUGGAAGCCUUUCGUCUUAACUGUGACUUUGGAGCACAACUGGGCUACGAUGGGAAGCAGUUAAUCCAUCCAAAGCAAAUCGAACCAGCCAAUGCAGCCUACGCACCGAGUCCAGAGCGAAUUGAAUGGGCUACCAAGGUGGUGGAAGCGGCGGCAGCGCACGCUGCUUUGUCCAAUGCCUCCACCUGCACGACUGCAAAGGCCGCAGAUCGUUCCGCUCUUGACGCCGGUGCAUUCGCCUUCCAUGGCCAUAUGAUUGAUCGGCCAACGGUGCGACAAGCCGAGCGGGUGGUUGCUCUUUCCAAACUUAUGCAAGGCCGCUGA